AUGGCAGCCCAAUCAACCACCAUCCAACCACCACAACCACCACCACAAUGGGAUCACACUCCAGAACAGAUCAUCACACUCACCAAACAAGCCAUCCAGGACUCAAGAGACCUACUCGACUCAAUCGCAGCAACCAAACCUGACCAGGCUAACUUCCCAAACCCCGAAAUACUAACUUUCUAUCAAUACGUAUCACCAGAGGAGGCGCUCAGAACAGCUGCCGUCGAGGCCGACAAGAUCAUCCAAGAGUACGACCUCGAAGUAUGCUCGCGGAUGGACGUCUACGAAGCCCUACUGGCUGCACAGAAGAACAUCAACCCCGACAGUCUCGACGACGAAUCCAAGAGACUGAUCGAAAAGCUCCUCAUCGAACGCACUAGGAAUGGCCUGCAUCUCGACCAGGACAGUCGCCAGAAAUUCAACCAGCUCAAGAAUAGGAUCAACAACUUGGCCAUCGACUUCCAGAAGAAUCUCAACGAGGAACAGGGAAAGAUCUGGUUCACCCCCGAGGAACUCAAAGGCGUCCCAGAGGACAUCCUCUCUGGAUUUGAGAAAGAUGAUCAAGGCAGACUAGCCAUGACCUUCAAAACCCCAGAUUAUACGCCAGUCAUCCAGUAUGCGAUCGUACCAGAGACCCGUAAGCGGGCCUCCCUGGGCUACGACUCACGCGCGGCGAUCAACGUGCCGAUCCUAGAGGAGAUCAUCUCGCUCCGUCGAGAGGCCGCCACCGCCCUAGGCAAGCCCAACUGGGCCGCACACGCCCUCGAGAUCAAGAUGGCCAAGAAGACCGAGACCGUGUUCUCCUUCUUGAAAGACCUCCGCCAGAAAAUCACCCCCGUCGCCCUCAAAGAACGCCAAGAAUUGCUCAAGAUCAAGCAAGAGGAAGUCCAGAACUUGGGGCUGGAUACCGAUCCCACCAAGUUAUACGUCUGGGAUUACCGAUACUAUGAUCGACUAUAUACCGAGCGAAACCUGGACCUGAAAGCCGAGCUCGUCAAGGAAUACUUCCCAGUCUCGGUGGUUGUCGAGGUGAUCCUGGAGACCUACCAAGCGCUGCUCUCGGUCAAGUUCUUCCAAGUCAAGGACGCCAAGCUCUGGCACCCCAAUGCCACCCAAUGGGCCGUCUGGGACUCCGAGGCGGUCGCCGAUGGUCGCGCUGAAAAGGGCGAAGGGUUCCUGGGCUAUUUACAUUUGGAUCUCGAACCCAGACCGAAUAAGUAUGGACAUGCCGCCGUCUGGGGGCUCGUUCCGGGCUACGAAAAAAAGGACGGGACCCGCCACUAUCCAGUGGCCGCAAUGCAAGCUUCUUUUUUCCGGGUGGCUAACUUGGCUAAAGGCACGGCACAGAAACCUGCCUUGCUUACUCACGAUAGCGUUGUCACUUUCUUCCACGAAAUGGGCCACGUGUUUCACCAAUUAUGCAGCAAGACCAAAUAUGGACGAUUCCAUGGGACGAGUGUGGCGCGAGACUUCGUCGAGGCGCCGUCGCAGAUGCUCGAGAAUUGGUGCUGGACCGAAUCUCAACUGGUGAAGAUGUCGCAACACUAUCUGCGCAAGGACGAGAAGCUGCCCAAGGAGCUGGUCCAAAAGAUCAUCGCCAGUCGCGACGUUAAUUCCGGCUUGUUCAAUCUUCGUCAGAUCUUUUUUGGAAUGUAUGAUAUGUAUGUCCAUACUAGUACAGACACUCUCGACUUGACGCGUCAUUGGUGCGAGUCGAGAGACGAGAUCUCGUUGGUCGACUCGGAUCCUGCCAUGCUUUCCCCUGGCCAAAGCUCCUUCGGCCACAUCGUCGGUGGGUAUGACGCUGGAUACUACGGGUACUUAUAUUCGCAAGUCUUCUCGGCGGACAUGUACGAGAGUGUGUUCUCGGCAGAUCCGAUGUCGGCCAAGAUGGGGGCCCGGUACCGCGACGAGAUCCUCCGGCCGGGCGGGGCCAGGGACGAGAUGGUCAGUCUGACCAAGUUCCUUGGAAGGCCGCCGAACGAGCAGGCGUUCUUGAAACGUCUGCUUCGGAAUCAAGUCUGA